AUGGCACAUGUCGAUGCUCAGCAGGUGGCGGACUUAGUCAAGCCGGAGGUUCUGGCGCGCCUCGACGAGCAGAUGAAAGUCGCAAACGCGAUGCCGCUCGCCAAGCUGAGCGAGGAAUUGAAGGCAAAGGCUCAGAUGCGCUGGACAAGGAGUGGGCGGUGGACGCUACAAUCCAAGUCCUCGCCCAACAAGGCCUCGAAGCCUGAGUUUAACAAACGCAUGCACACCUUCGGAGUUUCGCUGCUCGGCUUCUUCUGGCAACAGGAGGCCUUCAAAUUCCGCGACAUCUCGUGCCAUAAAGCAUUGGACCGCUUCCCUGGGGAGCUCGACUGGGAGCUCGGUACUGAGGAGGAGCCCUGA